UUUUCUUUGCACGAAGGGAAAUGAAUGCAGAAGUACUGCAUGUGUGAAAUAGUAAGAGAGGAGAGAUACAGAUGGACUGAAAGAAAGAGGAACGGACUGAGUAGUGGUGUAGAAGUUGAUCGAUGCAGAAAAUACAUUUGGUUUGCUAAAGAACCCCAGCUAUCUUAAGGACCCUGUUUUAACAAGAUCAGCCACUGAGACAAAGCUUCCUGGUGUUGAGGGACUCUGCCUCCCAGCCCGUCCUGCUGUGUGUCCACUGGAGGAGAGAGUGGACAUAUCAGAGACAACUCCAUACAGACAGGACACACACACACGUAUGUUUUCCUGUCCAGAACCUCAACAGCCAUACUUCAUACUUCAUACUUCCUUCCCCGUUGUUUUAAAAAAAAAACGUAAAGUUAAUAUCAAGUUCUUUGUUUUACGUCUUUUAAUAAUCUCUCUCUUCUACUCUCUCAGUUUAUCAGCCAUCUCAGUCAUAUUUAGGCUUCUCUGAUCCGGCUCAGUUAGUGGUCUUCUACUCGCUGAGCAACAACCUACGUGUGUCUGUUCAUCCCUCUGUGGCUCUACAGUGUAACAGAUCAGCUACAGUCCAGCAGUCUGUCCCAGCUGGGUCCAAGUCUGAAUUCACCCUCGUCGUCUCUCCUCUUCCUCGCCCACGCUCUCUUCCACUUAUCAUCUUCCUUUCACUCCUCCUUUCCUCCCUUUGUUUUUGUGUAUCUGUUUGUGUGUAGAGUCCUGGCUGUGUCUCACCUCUGACCUCCAGCCUGAUCACAUGACUCAGAGGGCUCCUGGUACUGCCAUGUGCACCAUACAGCUGACAGCAGCCAAUGGUGCUCUGUCCAUCAUCAACCCACUGUAUCUCCAUGAGCAUGGCGAUCACUGGCUGACGCAUCAACCAACCAGCCCACAGCGAGUUAAUCGGCCAUCCAAUUAUAAGCGUGAGAGACGACUGAGUACCAUACCUUGGCCAGGGGCGGAUCUUCUUACUAAGAGAUCUAUCUCAUUGGAGCAGGAGCCCUGCAACUCUAGUCCUAAUAAUCCAGGGUCUCCUGUAGUCCAGGCUGUUCCGUCUCCCCCCACCCCUAAAGAGGAGGUGGUUUUGAGGAGCCCCAGUAGGGAUGCUUCCAUUGAGUCACUCCACAGAACAGGGAGCCAGGACCGCACUACCAUGCCCCCCUCAGACCCCAAGCCCCUGUUCAGCCCUGCCCCUCAGUCGCCUCAGAGGGUGUCCUGGAUUGAGGACAAUGUAUGGCUUUCCCAACCACCAUCCCUCUCCCUCCUCCACCCACCUUCCCCGGAGCUAGACUCGCUGUCAAUCAACAGCGUCCAGGAGGAGCCGGAGUCGGUCACUAAUCCCUCCCACUCCCCCCACCCCUCGCAUCGGUUGGCCGACAAGGUGAUGCACCGCCUCUCGGUUGUGGGCCUCGCCAUUGGUGGGCUGGGGCGUUCACAGAAGAGGCUGACCAAGCGGGUGCAGGAGCUCAGCAAGCGGAGGGACGGAGUGUUUGCCGAGGCAGUGAUGGGAUUCGUUGAGAUGACCCUGGGGGCUGGGUUUAUCCCUGACAUGACAGGUGCGGACCUGCUUCAGGAGGUGCGUACGGCUCUCACUGCCCUGAGAGAGACACUGCUGGACUGUCCUGAGAUACACAUCUUCAUAGACAGUAUGGCCGACACAACAGACUGGGAGCUGGAUGCCAUACUGGAGCGCUCCCUACAUAAGGUGGCCCUAAAGCCUGUGAACACCCACCUGUACACCUGCCUCCAGAGCUGUCGGGACCACGACGGUAGCCUGCGGAAGCUGAGGGAGAACCAGCGGCUCCUGGAGGGCCGGGGGGUGGAGGAGCUGGAAGGGACGCCUGGGGCGGGGGUCCCUGACCCUGUCACCCUGGAGAAGAUCCAGCAGAGGUGGUCAGCCAUGCACAAGUCCUACUCCCCCAGCAGGAAGGUCCAUAUCCUGCUCAAGGUCUGCAAGACCAUCUACCACAGCAUGACGGCCAAUGCCAACCCAGGUGUGGUGUAUGGGGCUGAUGACUUCUUGCCCUGUCUGACCUGGGUGCUUCUGCGUGGUGAUGUGGUCACUCUGCAGCUGGACACUGACUACAUGAUGGAGCUACUGGACCCCACACAGCUGCAGGGAGAGGGAGGUUACUACUUGACGUCCCUGUACGCCUCUCUCUUCUACAUCAGCAGCUUCCGCCCUCGUCUCGCCACGCGCCAGCUCAGCACCGAGGCCCAACAAUCCCUGAGCCAAUGGCAACGCAGGCGCACUCUGCACUGCAACCAAUCACGACGCAGCACGAAUCGGAGGACCCUCCGGAGACCUGGGCACGGCGAGAAGGGCAAGGAAAACUCCAGUGAUGCCGAGCCGGAAACUGGCACAGGAAGUGUAACUGAUGAGCCACCGGCGCCCUCUAGUGUUCCGGCAAAGGCACUGCACAUAAUCUCAGAGGUUGUGGUAACGGUGAGGGAGGAGGAGGGCAGCAGAGCGGAGGGCCAAGGACCCCCAGCUGUACAACUCUAGGCCUCACCUCAGAAGGGGAGACAGGACUCAGGUUAGUCUCCGCAGCGUCCAUGAGGGACUCCAUAGAUGCUACCCUCCACAGCAUGGCCUUCGCUCCAGAUCAAAACUCCAAACCUACAACCUAAUUAUGGCCAAAAUUAACCGGAUAGGUUACUGCUACCAAGGUUUUCCUGUUUCCAAGCUAUACAGAGGGUGCUCUAGCAAACAACCAGCAGAGACCUGAGGACACCAUCCAACCUGGAACUGAGUGAGUAGUGUUUGGUCUGAUGCUAUUUUGAAAGCCAAGAAGAAAAAGAAAGUACAUUACAGUGAUAUAUUUUAUUUUAUGGGUACUGAUAGCUGAGUUAAGGCUCCCAGGCUUGCUAGGACAGACCAGAUAUAACUUCAAUUAGCACUAAGGUGUGAAGGCAAAGGUGUCGAGGCCUUUGGGCCCAACGAGUUGCAGGAGUCUUUGAAGCAUCCUCUGAAGCCACCUCCUGCUGUUCAGAGACCAGUGAGACCACUGGGAUUUACCUCCUGCUGUUCAGAGACCAGUGAGACCACUGGGAUUUACCUCCUGCUGUUCAGAGACCAGUGAGACCACUGGGAUUUACCUCCUGCUGUUCAGAGACCAGUGAGACCACUGGGAUUUACCUCCUGCUGUUCAGAGACCAGUGAGACCACUGGGAUUUACCUCCUGCUGUUCAGAGACCAGUGAGACCACUGGGAUUUACCUCCUGCUGUUCAGAGACCAGUGAGACCACUGGGAUUUUCUACAAGAAAUCUGCCUCCAGAAAUAAACGUUUCUCCCUAGUGGGUGUGACACCUAUUCCUGUUGCCUGCUGCACUGCUGCUUGGAUUCCACCUGGAGAUCUGUUCACCGUCUGCCCUGGCCUGUCUCCCCCUGUCUGGUACAGGUACCCCCACCACACUCCCCCCUCUCUCCCGAGCUUUCGCUCACCUCCAGCACUCACCGCACUGUUGGGGCGAGUGGCUCUGAACUUACAAUGGCUAAACCCAAGUCGUUAUAUAUUUUAUUAUUUUCUUGUCCAUUUUGCUAUUUUGCUUUUUGACUCAUGACUCCUGCAUACUUUGUUGACUACAAACUUUCUUUACCCAACCGUGGGACAGACUAUGUUUGUUCCCACACUCGGGACUCUGACUCUCUAUUGGUUACACAGACUUUUGGCUUUCUAACCCCCUGUCGCCGGCUUUGUAUUCAUGUCACCUGAUGAAUUUGCUGUAUAAUAUGAUCUUGUUGCCAUCUAAUGCACGUUGAUGUCAUAAAUCAGCACUGCAGAGUUCUCCCUGUCCUCUGCCGUGCCUUGAUUGUAUUACUGUUGAUAUCUGGAAAUAUGCAUGUACACCCUGGCCCAUCUACUGUUUCAGGCCCCAAUUCUGAUUUGUGCUUCGAUAUCUGUUUCAGGGAUUUUUGCUCUCGUAAAAGCCUGGGUUUUCUGCACGUUAACACUAGAAGCUUAUUAUCUAAAAUGAAAGUGUGGGUUCACAGCUCCAAUCCA